AUGGAUGACAGAUGCGAGAGGUUCGAAUCAAAUUUGCAUGUGAUCGACACUCAGGUCACCGUCCCUUCCGUCACAAAAGCCGGCAUAACUUCAUCCACCUUCCUCUCGUCUACACCUCACGCCGUCCACUUCUCUUCAUCAGCUCCACUCCCAUCUACUCACGUACCACUUUCGUCACUUCGACAUCAAUCCGUCACCACGGCUUCUGUCGCAGCAGCAAUGGCUAAUCAAGCCGAUGUCUCCGUCCGCCAGAAUCAAUCGCGCGACACCAACAUUUGCUCCACCUUUCCCGGAGAACUCACACUCGGCGAACGAAUCUGCGAUCUUCCUCGUGAGCUCUACGACGAAGUCCUCAAGUACACCGUUCAACAUUGUCGCCAUCGACUUCAGCAGCUUUCAUCUUGGAGCUUGCCAGAGACUUCCCUCGCUUGGCAGACCCCUCGUGCCUCAUUACGMGACAUCAAGGUGUCAUGUCUUGUUCAAUACCUGGUCGAGAUGGUUGAAGCAGGCCAGAACGGUGGUCUGGACUACGGUGAUACGUUGCGGAAUAUGGCCCAGGUCUUUGAAGCCCAUCCCGCUGCCACGAGAUUCUUCCUCGACAAUCUGCGUCCAGAGAGUUGUGACCUGCUUGAAGCGGCCGAAGUGCUGAGAACUUUUCUACUGGCUCGUAAACAUGUCAAGACUACUCUGGUGCCAACACCUGAGUUCAAAGACGGGCGUUUCGAUGGUUUGGACGAAUUGAGUGAUGAACUGGAUCAAAUGCACGAACAAAAUCUACCUACGCUUUUGUACACAGCAGUGCGGGGAACGAAAGAGGGCGGAUCGCUAGCAGAGCCUUGGUGA